AUGCCAACAACAAGAGGCCAGCAGCACGCCGCAGACAUGGAAGCAGCGCUAAAACUCUUCUUCUCGUCGCCACGCUUCGCCGUCGCAGGCGCAUCAUCUGAUCCGCACAAAUACGGCCAUAAAAUAUUCGCAUGGUACCUCCGCCACUCCCUCCCCGCCGUCCCCCUCAACCCGCGCUCUCCCACCGUGAACAUCCUAAACAAAGACCACACCACCGUCGCCUCUCCAACCGGGCUUACCGACCCCCCUGCAUCUGACUACUCGCUCUCCGUCAUCACGCCGCCGAGCGUCACCAAGAAGCUGCUCAAGGAAGCGAAAGAGGCGGGGAUCCCUGCGGUGUGGUUGCAGCCGGGGAGUUUUGACGACGAGGUUUUGGAGUAUGCGAGGAGCAAUUUUAAGGCGGCGAUUGCGGGGGAUGGGGGCUGGGGGAGCGAGGGAUGGUGUGUGCUCGUGGAUGGGGAGGAGGGGAUGAGACUUGCGGGACGGGAGGGGUCGAGGCUUUGA